AUGAGUUUUCAAUACAAGAAGACAAACCCCUACAGAUCACUCCAAGAUUCUCAACCAAAUGACUUUGCAUCCCCAGAUUAUCCAGGCCCAGGCAAUGCAUUAACAACAGAAUUCGCAGGAAGCAUGUUCUACCUAGAUGGAACCCUAGUCGAAGAACCCGAAUUCCACCCACGAGAAAUCACGAACUGGGUGAAUGUUUUCCUGAGUCCACAGGAUAUUACCUGUGACGACGAGACGAUCAUGAGGACCGUCGCGACCUGUAUUCGCACUGGUGUUGCUACUGUUACCGUGCACCCCAUGCACCACUCCCACCCACUAUGUGUCUCAAUUAAGGUGCCUGGUGAUUACCAUUCUAAUAAAGCAUCUAUCUUCGCUGCUGCGGAGCUGCAGGCCGAUUGGUAUAGGCUCGAGAUUCGUUCUGGGAAAGUUCGUGUUAACCGCAAUUUACUAUUCUGUGGAUCUGCUUGA